GAGAGGGGGAAACGGAAGGGAGGGUGAGAGCGCGAGAAAGGCAAACGAGGUGUGAAAUCCGCGGUCACCGCCGAGGAGGACGCCGGAUGUCUCGCGAGCAGAGGGGACAAGAGUGUGAUAGAGUGAGAGUGAGCGGAGUGUGUGUGUGUGUGUGUGUGUGUGCGCGCGUGUGUGUGUGUGUAAGAGUGUGUGAGUGAGUGUGAGAGUGGACACGGAUUUGAUCCGAACAGCGACAAAGUGACUAAUGUUCGUUCUGGGUUUCUGAGACGUGGACGCGCACCGACCGGAGCGCGCUUUUAUGGCUGAUCCGAGCGGCUGAUCAUCAGAAGGCGACAGACCUCUGGCCUUUAGGCUCCAGAUAACAAUCGGCUUGAUUUUCCAGCUCUGAGAUGCCCAGACGUCCAGCCUAAAUCCUCCGAUACCCUGUAAAGAACGGAUUCCGCGACAAAGCGACACAACCAGCACUCAGCACGACCCGCCUGACAACCAGGACCACGCAAACACACAGUGAUCUUGACACGCGCUGUGUGUUCUGAGAUGGCAUUUCUCCCCUUUUGGCUCUCAUUUCUGGUGGUGCUUCUUGUGCUAUUGCCCAUGCCCUGCAUCGGAUGUCCAUCUGGCUGCCGGUGCUACAGCCUGACGGUGGAGUGUGGUUCCAUUGGACUCAAAGAGAUACCACGGGGCAUUGCUCGUGGAACACAGACUAUCUUCCUCCAGGAUAAUGCCAUUGGUCAGAUCCGGGCAGAGGACCUGUCUGGUUUGGGUCACCUGCACUAUCUGUACAUGCAGAACAAUAGCAUCUCAGCUUUGGAGACCAAUGCCUUCAUGAGUCUAGGCCAACUGCUAGAACUUGCGCUCAAUGGCAACCGCCUCCACCUGAUUUCCGCCGAUGCCUUUCGUGGUCUUGAGCACCUGCGCAUCCUCUACCUGGCAGGGAAUCACAUUAACCGGUUGGACGAUUACACAUUCCGUGGAUUGCAGCGUCUGCAAGAACUGCACCUGCAGGAGAACAUGAUGGAGGCGUUAGAUGAGCAGGCUCUGAUGGGCUUGUCUUCUCUGGCUCUGCUAGACCUCAGCAAGAAUAACCUGCGCACACUAAGUGCUGUCACUCUCAGACCCCUCAUCAGCCUGCAGGUGCUGCGCAUCACAGAUAAUCCAUGGCGUUGUGACUGCGCUCUUCACUGGCUUCGCAGUUGGAUAAACACUGAAGGCCAACGUUUGCUGAGCUCAGCUGAGCGGAGACUACCAUGCUCUGAGCCGCCACGCCUCUCGCAUCUGAGUCUGGUAGAGGUCCCAGCUAAUAGUCUGGUGUGCAUCCCACCUGCUGUGCAGCUUGAGCCAAGGGAAUUAAGCGUACGUUUGGGUGAAAGCAUCCGUGUGUCUUGCCAGGCCUCAGGUUACCCACAGCCUCAGGUCACUUGGAGGAAGGUGUCCUACGGUAGAGCUCAGCUAUCACCCCGUGGCCUUGUGCAAGAAGAAGGGACAGAUGGAGACAGCAGGAAGCAAGUGACACCCAGGCCUGGCGGUAAUGGAGUCAAUUUGGGAAACCGUGGACCAGCAGAUGAUGGUGGAAAAGACAGGGAGAGCUUUGAUCAAGACACAGGCAGUGGAAUGCUGUUUUUAAGUAAUGUUACAGUGGCCCACGCAGGACGCUAUGAGUGUGAGGCUUGGAAUCCUGGAGGGGUGGCACGUGUGACCUUCCAUCUUGCUGUCAAUGUUUCAUCUUCAUCGUUGUCAUCAUCCUGGCCUCACCUGCACCCCUCUUCAUCCUCAUCAUCCUCUUCGCACCACCACCCAUCCUUGGGAGAUGUUAGCCAGGAGCCACUGUAUGAACUGGAGAGCAUGGACUUCAGUGCCCUGGGCACAGCCACCCAAACAGCCAUCGCUGUGGGUAUCUCGCUCCUUGCACUGACUGCCCUACUGCUGCUGUGCAUGAUCUACAGCCGCCACCGGCAGCGCCAAAAAGAGGAUGGUGCCUUUGGCAAGGAAGAAAGCAUUCUCUAUGUCAAUGACUACUCUGACGGGCCCACUACAUUUGCCCAACUUGAGGAGUACCGGGAUGAGCGUGGCCAUGAGAUGUACGUGUUAAACCGGGCCAAGCCUGUCCUGCCUCCACCACCCACCUCCAUUCAGCAUGGGGCACCACAGCCUCGAGAAGCACUCCAAGGCCAAGGCACUCUAACUUCUACCAUUGGACCACGCAGAGCCCCUGCAGAGGGCAUCGAGGGUCCACCACCAGACCCAGAGGGACUAUUUAUAAACCAGAGUCUGCUUUUUGACACACAGAUCGCAUAUGAGAUCCACUGCUGAAGAAGACUUGAAGCAGAUCGAUCAGAGAAGACAGUCCAUAAGAACAGCUCUUUGUCUAUUGGGCUCGAAGUCAGCCCAGUGGGAUCUCUGAAUGGUUUACCUAUUUCUAUUCUAUUUUUGAUUAAUGUUAGAUAAAAGGGAUAAACCAGAGUUUGUUUGCAAAAGGAUUCAAUUACAGGCACACCUUGCACAGGACAAAAAAGGAUACAGACAUUUAUGUUGCUUGACAUAACGCUUUAAAAUUCAACCUUCCAGAAAACAAACAAGGAAGGCACAGUAGUCUUAGUGCCUCACAGCUGAAAGGUUCCUUGGUUUGAUCCUGAGCAUGGAUUGCAGAGUUUAAGUGCAUGUUCUUCAUGCGUCCUUAUGGGUUUCUUCCCACCCUCCAGAAACAUGCUGGUAGGUGGACUGGCUGCACUAAAUUGGCCCCUACAUGUUAAUGACUGUGUGAAUGUAUAUGUUAGUGGUGCUUUUCUGAUAGACUGGAGGGAUUUUCCUUUCAUACGCCCAGUCUUUCCUUGGAUACGCUCCACAACAAUCAAACAGAUAAAACGAUUGAAUGCCACCUAAAUACCUUGAUCAGUCAGAUGAACUGUCUGAAAAGACAACCAGCAUAGUGGAUAUUUUGUUAAUAAUCCACAAAAUAGAAAAGUUUAAGGAUGUUUGAAUAAGCUGCUAUAUGAUGACAGGCACUUAUUUGUUUUAUUGUAAAGGGGAAAGUCUUUUUUUCAUUGUGUGUCUAACAUUUUAUUGUUCUAUUCUUUCAGCCAGACAAUAUGAGUAGUCAAUUAUUCUGACUGUCUAGUCAUAUUAUUUCUUUUUAUUUUGACAGACCUUUACUUCAUUCGUACCUACAGAUUUUAAUGCACAGUUUCUUGUGUGUAAGAAGACCAGUGAUUCACUGAGAAAGAGACAGAGUGAAGUAAUGUCCGUGUUAGUGAUAGCCAACCAACUAUUGAAUUCAAUGUCUUUAAUUAGAUUGCUCUCUCUCUCUCAUCCUCUUGACCUCUAUUUAAGUAACACUGUGAAAAUAAACGUUCUAGACACUAGAUUUCCUGAUCAAUUACCAACAUCUCUCUAAUUGCAUUGUGCUCUGUAUGUCUCCAGAUGGCAUUUUGUAUGACAUUAUAAUAUUGUUCUCUGGAGUGUAGAGGUAUUCUUGCUUUUUUUAAAAAAAAAAAAAAAAAAAGAAAGAAAGAAAGAAAGAAAGAAAAUCAAUCUUGCCAGGUUUGUGCAGAAAAAAGCUAGUAAUUACUUCAGGGUAUAAAAACACGCAUCACAGUUGUUGACAGCAUCUGAAGGUGUUAAGCUUAAGCUCAGUACAGUAAUUUGGAACAGUAUGUAUUUUUGUUUGUCAGAUAUCCAAAAAAUGUGAUGUUUAUGUUUAUCGAAAUAAAACUGUUUUUU